CCAUUUCAUCAAUACAAGCUUAUAACUAAUCCAUGUACAUUUGGUGGUCAAACAACUAAUUAAUCGAAAGAUGGAGGGCAAAAAUUUGAUUCUAACUGUGCUCGUAAUGAGUCUGUUCAUACCACAAAUUCAAGUUGACGCAAAAAGUUGUUGUCCGUCCAGCAUUGCUAGAUCUAUCUAUAUUAGUUGCCGCCUGGCGGGUAGUACAAAGUCAUUCUGUGCAAGACUCGGUAAGUGCAUAUUCGUUAGUGCGAAGACAUGUCCUGACGGAUAUACGAACGACAUUUUCGAAAACACAGGUGAUGUUGUUCAUGAAUAUUGCAAGUUAGGGUGUGUAUCAUCCGUGUGCAGUGCGUUAACCACUCUCGGGAACUCCGAUGGAAGUGAAACCGAAGCGAUUAAAAAAUGUGCCAGCGCAUGUUCUACAGUUUGCACCAAGGGUUCGAUGAAUGUAACUGAAACUGCAUAGACAACCAUGAAAAUACAACGUAUGUCUCGGUGAAAGGGGUGGUCAUCUUUCACGUAUGUCUAGGUGAAGGGGUGAUCAUCUUUCUUAGCAGGGCUGGUCCUUGAAUUUUGGUGGCCUAAAGCAUAUUUUUUUAAUGUAAAAUUUAAUAAUUUCUUUCACAAAAAAUACUAAAAUAUAACUAAAAAAUAUUUUUAAAGUUAUUGAUGUAUACAAAACGAGACAACAUGAUUUUGCAAUCCCUAAUUCCCAAAUACAUUCAUUAUUUUAAAAUCAUAAUCUUUGAUUUGAUAAUAAUCCAGAA